AUGUCUCAUGGCAUCCUUUGGGAGGGGGUGUCUCUAACCACCUUUCCCUUUUCUCUCAUUUAUAACUUCUCUUGUCACCCUUAUUGAAGCUCAAUAAAAACACUUGAGAAGAGGCUUGAAAUUUGGAAUCUCUUAUUAUCUCACUCACCUCUUGGAUUGGAGGUUAUUCCUCUCUCUCAUUCACUUCUUGAAUUAAGGGUUUGACAGAACAUGAUUGAGGGUCAUUUAAAUACUUCAAAAGUAGUGGAUAAAAAUAUUUAUGAAUCUGAAUUUCACUAGUUAAAAUACAAAAAAUCAAGUACAGUGGCAAGUUCAGGGUCGAUUCAUAGAGAGCAUGAGAUUUGAGUCAUUGAAAUCAAAUGGGUGGACAAAGUAAGGAGAAAAAUAUAAAGAUUAGAGGAUAGAAUCAAGAGAGAUGGCAAAAAUCAUGAAUCGGUUGAAAAUUGAUCUCCCUAAAAAGAGGAAAAACAAAAAAAUAAAUCAUGAUUAAUGAAAUUAUCUAAACCCAAAGAUUAAAGUUAGUAAAAUGUAAAUAAAUCUAUCUAGAUUGGUCAUAGUCAAUAGGCAAGCCUCACAUAUAUCUAAAUUCUCACUGAAUGUUUCAAUGUACACCAUAUCCAAGGCUUUCUAAGUUUUUCCACGACAAUAAAGCCCUUAAUUUAAGUUGGGAUUGUACUCUUGAUACACAACCAAAUCAUAAAUAGUUGGUGGCAAUUGAAUCAUCUCCUCAAGAGUCUUUUCAAUGAUACUAAAAUAUUACAUGGUGAGAUAAAACAAUGGUUGUAUUCAGUCGAGAUUUUUCGAGUCUAUUUUCAAAUAGAUAGAAAGGAGAAAGAACACAUGCAUAGGGCAGUUCGAAAAUGAUGUAGCCCAAGACACAAGUUGAAAUCUCAACAUUGAAUUUGGGCCCACUCAUCUUAAAUUUGGGGCAUAAAGUGAAAAGUGUUAAAGAAGGAGCCCACAUAUGUCAUCGGUAGGCUAGAAGUCCAAAAAGUAAUAUUUUAUUUUCUACUUUAUGUCCUUCCACUUUUAUAAGAUACUUUUAUGUCUCUUUCUUUCUAGAAAGGACUUUAAUGUGGUUCAGUAUGUACCUAAGAUCUGUUCAGGAUCUUAGAUUGUUAAAAUCUAUACCUAAGAUCUACUCAAAAUCUCUGAUUGUCAAAGUUUGUGCCUAAGAUCUAUUCAAUAUAUCUAUCUAUCAUAGUCUAUUUCAGGUUAUUUCAGAGUUAGUCACAUAGUAUUUUUAGAAGAUUUGUCUAAGAUCUUAGUCUGUUAGAAUCUAUUUUAAGUCAUUUAGAGUUAGUCGGACUUUGUCCCCAAGAUUUGUACCUAAGAUUAGAACUUCGUGGAUUCAAGCCUAGAUCUUAUUCAUCUUUUGCGUUACUAUUGUGUCGAAGAGGAGGAUCACCAUCCAAUUUUGAUUGAACAGUAGAGAUUGUGCCAUGUCACCAAUAGUCUGUCAAAAUAUCAUCAAGUUUGCACACGCCACGUAUCUCACAUCCAUGUAAGUCUUAGGCCAACUCGUAAGUUCCACUUUCCCUGCUGACCUAUUGAUGAUUAUGGCCGACCUCUUAAUAUUCCAGCUAGUUGGUCACUUAGCUUGGCCUGCCUGGCUCAGCCCAACCUAGCCUCUUAAUAUUCUAGCUAGUCGGUCACUUAGCUUGGCUUGCCUAGCUCAACCAUGCUCGGUCUGCUCUGAUGUACACUAUGAAUUUUAGGAUAUGUGACAUCACUAAUAGUGGUAGUAGUGAAAAUAUUGUCUCUUUUGUGAUGGUAAAAAAAUUAGGUUUAUAGAUAAGCCACACUCUCAUCCAUAUCGAAUUGAUUGGAUCAAGAAGGAAACAAAAACUAAAGUUUCAGAGACAUGUCUAAUCAAAUUUUCAACUAAUAAGACUUAUUUUGAUGAAAUGGAUGCUUGUCCCAUGAUAUUAGGCAGGCCGUGACAAUUUGAUGUUGAUGCUACACUAUAGCAAGGAAAAUACUUAUAUUUUCUAUCGAAAUGAUAAAAAAAUUAUUUUGGUUCCAAUGCAAGAUAGUGAUUUUAGCAAAGGAGAGAAGGAGAAAAGAAAAGUAAUGCUCAUAAACACCUAGAUGUUUCUCCUUGGGAAGACCUUGUAUAGUCAGUCCUUCGGGCAUACCGGAGGCCAGGGCGAAGAAAGAUUGCUAUCCCGUAGGUGAAACUUCGUGUCGGUACUGGAGUGAUGAUCACUCCUUCGAGUAGAUGGGGCGGUAGAGCUGAGUUAGGUUCCACUCUAUUGGAAAUGCAUAGGAAGCAGCAAACCGAUUCUUCGAGUAGAUGCUAGGUUUCUUAAGGAGUUUGAUAUUAAUAUUGAAUUAUUUGUUAUUGUUCAAAAACCUGAUUUAGAUAUCAAAAUAAUUGACGUGAUACCAAAAACUAUUGAACAUCUCUUAUCUGAAUUUUCUAUAAUUCAAAAACUAUCUACUCAUCUUCCACCAAUGCGAGAUGUACAACAUCAUAUUGACCUUAUACCAAAAGCAAGCUUGCCUAACCUUCUACAUUAUAAGAUGACUUCACAAGAAAAUCAAAAUUUUCAAGAACAAGUCAAAGAGUUAUUGAGUAAAGGAUUGAUAAGAGAAAGUAUGAGCUCAUACUCUGUGACUGCUUUACUUGUUCCAAAGAAUGAUGGAAGUUGACUGAUGUAUGUUGAUAGCAGAGCUAUCAACAAGUUAACAAUUUAGUAUAGAUUCUUAAUUUCACGUCUAGAUGACAUGUUAAAUGUGCUUUGUGGUUCUAAAAUUUUCUCAAAAGUUGAUUUAAAGACUAGAUAUCAUCAAAUUCGAAUUUGGCAAGAAGAUGAAUAGAAGAUUACCUUUAAAACUAAGACAAGUUUUUAUGAAUGGUUGGUCAUGCCUUUUGGCUUAUCCAACACCCCCAAUACUUUUAUGAGAGUGAUAAAUCAAGUUUUGAAACCUUUUAUUGGCAAAUUUAUUAUUGUUUAUUUUGAUGACAUUCUUAUUUAUAGUAUUACAAAAGAUGAACACAUAAAACAUCUUAAGUCGGUGUUCAAAGUAUUAAAUUAUGUAUUAACUUGAAAAAAUGUGACUUCAUGUCUACUAGUUUGUUGUUCUUGAGAUACAUUGUAAGUGCAGAUGGUAUCAAAGUAGAUGAAGAAAAAGUCAGAGCCAUCAAAUAUUGGUCAACACCAAUCAUAAUUCAUCAAGUUCAAAGUUUUCAUGGGUUGGCAUCAUUUUAUAGAAGAUUCAUUCGAAAUGUCUCUUGUUGCUGCCUGUAUGAAAAAGUGUCAUUUUAAAUGAACUGAUGAAGCUAGUAAAAGUUUUAUCAUGAUAAAAGAGAAAUUAUGCUAUGCUCUUGUUUUAGUCUUGCCAAAUUUCGAUAAACUAUUUGAAGUGGAAUUUGAUGUAUCCAUAAUUAGCAUUGGAGAUGUAUUAUUACAAGAAGGUUGACAUAGUGAAACUUGAGGAGGCAAUGGCUUGCACUAGUUGUGAUCAACUUUGAUGUUGUGGAGGUUGAAGACAGUCUUGAAUCCUCAAAAAAUAUGCUUCAAUUGUUGUCCUUUCACUCUAAAUCCAUAGGGUGAAGAGGAUAGGUCCCUUGAGUCCACAAGGGGAUGACUCUAAAUCCAUAGAAUCAAGAACAUGUUCCUUGAGUCCACACGAGUGCUGGAGUCCACCAGCAAAAAGAGAGAACUUCAUGAAAAGGAAUUUGAAUUCAAACAAAAAUUUAAAUUUCAAAUGAAAUUUGAAUUCAAACAAAAAUUUAAAUUUCAGAUAAAAUUUGAAUUUCAAACAAAAAAUUGAAUUUUGUAUUUCAAUUUUGGAAUUCAAAUUUAAAUUUCAAAUAAAAUUUGAAAAAUAAUGAAAAAAUAUAUAUGGGCCUAAUUUCGUAAUAGAGCCAGUAAAGUUGGCUUCAAGCUACAACAAUACUAGGUUCAGUGACACUAAAUCUAGAUGAUAUUUCCAUUAUCUUUAGUAAGUGCAUGACAUAUGCACUAAGUUUGUGAUAAUUUUCUGCUAGCAAUUGUUCUUUUCUCAAGUAAUUGGUUGCCUUUUCCUUGUAGUUUGCAUAACCAAAUCACCAACUUUUGUCUGCCUUUUCCUUGUAGUUUGCAUAAUUGAUUGUAACAUGCUUCUUCACAUUCUCAUGUACUAUUUGGAUGUAUUCUUCUAUGUUAUUUGCUGCUACACUAGUACUAGGUUUUCUUGGUACUUCAAUUAAGUCAAGAAGGACUUUUGGUGGAAAAUAGUAGACAAUAGAAAAUAGAGAGUAAUUUGUAGACCAAUUUAUCAUAGAAUUAUAUGCGAAUUCUGCUUGAGCUAAGACAAGAUCCCAUUGUCUUGGUUUGUCUCCUAAAAUACAAUAGAUUAAAUAACCAAGUGUCUUGUUUACAACUUUUGUUUGACCAUCAGUUUGUGGAUGACUCGAAGUACUGAAUUUUAGGUAUGAGUCAAAUCUGUUCCAAAGAAUAUGCCAGAAAUGGGACAAAAAUUUUGAGUCUCUAUUAGAUGUAAUAAUCUUAGGCACCAUGCAGACGAACUAUUUCCUUAAAAAAUAAAUUUGCCACUUGAACGACAUCAUUAGUCUUUCUACAUCGAAUAAAUUGUGCCAUCUUUGAGAAUCUAUCCACAACCACAAAAAAAAAAUCUGCUCCGCUUUGAGUACGUGGUAGUAGAGUGUACACACAUGUGUUCUAGCACUAUCCUCUAUUAAUUUGACAUCUCCGCAAAAAACUUUCAAACUCUUUCUUAAAAGUGAACUGUGUUCUGACACUGUCAUUUAUUAAUUUGACAAAUUUGACAUCUCUACACAAAACUUUCAAACUCUUUCUUAAAAGUGGAUUGUGUUCUAGCACUGUCCUUUAUUAGUGGACUCUAUGCUUUAUCUAGAAUGGCCAGUGGAAGUGUACAUACCUGUGUGUUUUGGCUAAUAGCAUCAUUCCUCCAUCAUGUUCAAAAUCUUGUCACGACCUAAGUGUCCACCAAGCCCUCCUGCAUCUAAUUCUUGAAUUAACUUCUCACGCAAAGAAGUUCGAGAGAUACAUAACUUUAAUUGAUAUUCCUGACGUACAAAUCAUAUACUGUUGAGACUAAUCAUCGUCGUCUCGGUAUAAUUUCUUGAGAUAAUAAAAUCUUGUGAUUUCAGCACGCAAGUUCAACAAACAUGUUGUUUUUCUACUAAGAGCAUCUGCAACUCGAUUCAAUUUUCUUAACUUGUGUUUAAUAACGAAAGUAAAACAUUGAAUGAAAGAGAUCCACUUGGCAUGAAAGUCUAACUGAUUACUGAUUUAAGAGCCUGAUGAUUAGUAUAUAAAAUAAAUUUUCAUUGAAUCAAAUAUUGUUCUCUUUUUGAUCUAAUCAAAUAAAUUUUGGUGAAAUAAAUUUUUUGAAACUUUAGUUUCUAUUUCUUUCUUGAUCCAACCAAUUCAAUAUGGAUGAGGACGUGGGCUUGUUUGUAAAUCUAAUUUUUUAACCAUCAUAGAAAAGACAAUGUUCUCACUAUUGCCACUAUCAAUGAUUAUAUCACAAUAGUAGAAGAAACAAUAGUAGAAGAAACAAUAGUAGAUCUUCCUCUUUCUAGGUGAAGAAUUUAAUUCUGACUUCCAAAAUUUUGAAUUCUGAUUUUUCCUUUCUCUAAUAAGGCUUGAAAAAUGAUUGUAAAGCUACUUUGUCUUCAAUUUCUCAUCUGAGACCACCUUUAAAUCUUGAAAUCAUAUAUUGUUGAUACAAAAUUUGUUCAUAAUCUGGGGGAAGAAAAUGAGAUUUCAAAAGUUUUUUCAUUUUCUCCCAUAAUCAUAUAGGUUCUUUGCCUGACCUCGUAUGUGUGAUAUGUAAUUGAUCCCACCAUAUAGAGGCUCCACCCUCCAAUUUAUAAGUCAAUAGCUUGACUUGCUUUUCAUCAAAAAAAUCAUUCUACUUCAACUAACCAAUCUAAGAACUUUUUAAUCUUCAAAUGGCCAUUAAAACAUGGUAAGUCAAUCUUCAAAUGAAAAUCUCGAAAAUUUUCUUUUGAUCUAGAACAUGUAGAACUAGAUGAAUAGUGAGUAUCUAAUGAAGGUUCAACAUGAGUGACUUUUUGAGGAUGUCUGAUUUCAUGAUCUCUAAGAGGGCAUGAAUGACUCUCUAAUACACUCAUUCUUGCCCAAAGUUAUUUUAAGGUAUCACUAAUCUCAUCUUUGAUCCAUUCAAUCUUGAAAAGUAAUAAAAUCUGAUUUUGAGAUAGGAAAAACUUUAGGUGAAUCAUCAUCACCAAUAUGAGUAGAUUUACCUCGUGACAUUUUUGAACUUUGAUUGAAACGUUGACUUGCUCUGAUACCAACUGAUGCAAUAGUAACGCGAAAGAUAAACAAAAUAUGGGCUUGAACCCACAAAGCUCCAAUCUUGGGGAAGAAACUUGUCUCUGACUCCACAGAUUUAGAGUCUUUAACCUUUGCAUUCACAAAGGGGUGCCUAAAUCCACAAGCAAGAGAGAAAAGUUCUCAUAGUGGAGAAAACUAUUUCAACUAAAAAAAGUGAGUACCUCAAGUUACAAUGGGGGCCUUUAUAUAGGCAUAGAAAGGAGGUUGGGCACUCCUCAAAAGGAAGAUCCUGACAGAUCUUGGGAACAAUCUGACUAACUCUAAAAUAACUUAAAAUAGACUCUAACAAAUUGAGAUCUUAGAUAAAUCUUCUAAAAUACUUUGACAUGACCUAAAGUAGAGUCUGACAAUGAGAGACCUUGAGCGGAUCUUAGGCAUAGAAUCUAAUAGUCAGAGAUCCUGAAUAGAUCUUAGAUACAAGUUGAACCACAUUAAAGUCUCUUCUAGAAGGAAUGAGACAUAAAGUACCUUUUAAAAGUGAAAGGACAUAAAGUGGGCUCGAAUUCGUAUAGAACUGGUCAGGUUUUAACAGCUUCAACCUUUUCUUCAUCCACUUUGAAAAACCUAUAUUUCUCUUAUUGAGCGUAAAACAAAUUUCUCAAUAUUUUUGUAAAAAAUAUAAUGAUUAUCUCUAUGAAGGUGAGUUGCAUCUAAAACUUAUUGCCAUGUUCUACCAAAAAUUAGAUUACAAACAUUCAUCUCAACAACAUCACUGUAAAUUUCAUCAAAAUAAUUUUUUUCCUUGCAACCCAUUACUAUUGCAGCUUGAAGCUCACUAUACUUGAUGCACACUAAAUUACUAUUGCAAUUUGAAGCCCGCUUAACUAGCUCAAUUACAAAAUAAGGCCCAUAUAUCUAUUUUUAUUCUUUUUCAAAUUUUAUUUGAAAUUAAAAUUGAAAUUUUAAAAGAUCAAUUCGGUAGUAAUAAGUACAAGAGUCAUUAGAGGAUGCUAGAAAACCUAAAGAUAAAUAAACACCCCCUUAAAUGAAAAAUUACUUGGGCCGCAAUGCACUGAUCACAAAUCACUAAUUGGUAGUGGGCUGAUCCUAUGAUACUACACUUCAAUAUCAGUCAUCCAAAACAAUGUUCAACAGGGAGCAAGGAGGAAUGAACUAACCUCCACAACGUCAAUGGGUUAAUUUUCUAGAAUUGCAUGAAGAACUCUUUAGCAAAUUAAUAUUGGGCAAAGUUUAACAUAUAAUAUAAAAAAUCUAAUAUUUUCAUUUAUUAUAUCAUUUGGUUCUCCAAAUCUUACUACUUCCCUUAGCAACUAACAAUUAAAGAGGAAAACGAAAAUUGCAAAAAAAAAAUACAACAUUUAUGACACAUUUGGACAGACUUCAACAAAGUUACCCACAUUACUACAAGGCUGGAUUAUUUAUAUUACUCUUAAUUUUGUGGCCAUCUUGCUGAAUGAGGGUUUCAUAUUUUCUCUCUAUGAUCAAUGGGGUUUCUUUGGCAUGAAACAUCAAAAUAGGGAGGGGAUAUGUAAAGUAAACUUCCCAAAUAGACCACACUUCUUUUGGCAUUUUUAUCUUCACUCAGGCCACUCUUGCAUCCCCACUUGCUAUAAUCUCUUUAGACAUUAGUGACAAUGUAAGCGAGGAAGUCAAUCAUAUGACCUAGGUUACAUAUGCCUAUUAAUUAAUACCAUGAGAAAACUUUCUAGUUUGAUCUAUUUGAUGAAAUUCCAUUUAAUUAUUUAUCAACUAGUGGAAAAAUGAGUUUUGACUGAAAAUAUAGUGGAUGAAACAAAAUUUGAAUGGAGAGGCACCGUGACCCAUGGGUUGUAUAUUGUGUGCCAGAAAACUCAUGUUGCUUUGAAUGAGCACUUGAACGGUUAAAUCAUGAUGUGGCAUUAAGUGGCAUGUUGACCUGAAAUACAUGAGAACGAAACUAUAGCUUGUUAAUGGCUGCCAGCUUUUGCUUUUUCAACUUUAUUAUGUUUUCUGGACAAAAAUGAUUGACAUUUCACUCAAUAAUCUGUUUUUCGGUAUGUGUCUUUGUUCUUCAUAGGAAUGUUGAUCGUCAUGUCCGUUAGAGGGUUCUUAUCAAAUCUCAUGAAGGUGAAUAAUGUGCUUUGAGAUAGUUUACUUUCGUGCUAGAUCGUUUUUCUUUGCUAUGCUGAAAAAAAUGGAAAAGAAGAUCAAUAGAUUGCAUAACGACAAUUGCAUCCAAUUAUGUGGAUUCACCCACCCAAUGAUGUCCUUGAGUUUCAGAAUACUACAUUUUUCUAACACACUUACCACAUGUGUAUUCCAUGAGAGAAGGAAGAAAAAAUCUUUAAAGUGUUCCAAGUAUGUCCUUCCGAGUGGAUGGUGAAAACUAAUAACUAUACAGCAUGAAUAAUGUAUAACUUUUCAAUUUUAGGGUUGAUCCUCAAGGAUGGUGAAAACUAAUAUUGACUAAUUUCUAAUUUUUCUAACACAAAUACUAAUUAAAAGAAAGGAACAAAUGAAAUAAGAUGAGAGAAAUGAUAAUAUUCACCUCAAUGUUUAAUAUUCUUCUUUCUCAAUUACUUUCAUAAAUUUAUUUCUCUGAUUUAGCUCUACAUAGAUAGAAAGAAGGUUUUAAUGGUGAGAUGAUUAAAUCAAGAAUAGCAAAAAAUAAUUUAGUGAUUAUGAAAUGAAAAGAUUUGAAGGGUGAUUGUCAAUAAAAUGACUUCUAAGAGUAAAUUAUGAAAUAAUUUAGAGAAUGUUUUGAAAUAAUUAAAACUAAGAUAAAAAAUUGAUUGGAAUCUAGAAACACAUUAGUUGUUAAUCAAGAGUAAAUUAAAAUAAUUAAUUUUGUGAUAAAAAAUAAUUUUAAAACUAUAAUCAAACUUUGUUGUAAAUCACAUAGCAAAGUUUUUUAAACCUAAGAAAGUUUUAAUUAUCAGAUAAAAUUUAAAUUAAAUGUUAUAACCUUGAAUAAAAAUCUUUUCCUUCCUUGAAGAACAAAAUACUUAGAUUAAUUUAAUUCAAAAAUAAGAUCUCUCUAAUCAAUGCUUGUCACCCAAAGAAUAAAAAGACAUAAAAUAAGAUUAUAAUAAAAGAAUAAAACACAAAACUCUAUUGGUCACAACCCCCUUGAUUAUGAGAUCUUCCUCGUUCCUUGCUCUCCAACUUGCUUAUGCUGCCCUUAUGUGCCUCCUAACCUCCUAACUUCCAACCCACCAUCUUCCUUUAUUAUCUCAUAAUAAUAAAUUCACAAAAUUUCAGAUUUUUUUAAAAUUUGCUUAAAGUUUAAAUAAAAUCCCAAUUAUUAAAUUUCUUUUACAAAACAUCUCAUCUUGGAAUUUUUAAUAUUAAAAUUUCAUAUUUAACCAAUGUAACUCACAAUCACAUUUAACUUUUUAUUUUCAAAUAAAUAUCAAUAAAUCAGUGUAAAUACAUAAAACUUUGUUUUUCUGAAAAUAUAUAUCAAUAUGUAUUUUUUAAUAAGACAAACCAUAAACAUAGAUAAAAAUUGACAUCUUAAUUAUAUAAUUCAAAGAAUUAUCAAGCACGUUUAGCUAGCUAUCAUGUACUUAGCAACAUAUGCAAAAUUGUGGUGGAGGAUGAGGAUGGACAAGUCAUACUCCCCCAAUUUAACUAGUUCACUUAUGAGUUGAGGGAGCAAUUCCGACCCACCAAUAGAUAGUGUAUGGCAAGGAUGUCUCUUCAACAACUUCCUCUAAUGGGGACUAUAUGAAAAAAUGUGAAAAGGUUCUCUUUAGCCAUCCUCAACAUUAAGGGUAUGUUAGAAGAGGAUAAUGUAGUCAACAUUGAGGUGCUCAUCACCUCAAGUCAACAAUGGCAAGUUCCAAUGUGUUCAUUGACUUGCAAAGCUUUGACACUAAUGAGAUGUCAAGAGGGGCCAAAUAGCAAGAGAUCUAAGGAAGAAACACCAAGAGAAACUAUGACAAGACCAUGGUACAACAACUACCCAAAGGGGUGAGCACCUUUGUCCCCUUGCAAAGGACUGCACUUGAGGAAGGACUACCCUAAGUGAGCUGUCAACAUGAUGACAACACAACAAGAAGUGGAGUGUACACCAACUCUAAACCCCCUAUAGGUGCUAAGUGUAUAAUGACAACAUCAAGGUGGAUCAAUAGAGCUAAGCUGAUCUACAUGGUGAUCACCAUCAACGAUCAGACUAUGCUUGCAAUGGUCGAUAGUGGGGUGACCCACAACUUCUGCACAAAGAGGCAACACAUAUGGACCUAAUGUUAUCACAAAGAGACAUCCAAAAGAAGGUCAUCAACUCAUUGGUGGCACGUACCCCUCUUGUUGGUUGGCCAAGUCCCUAUUCUAUCUCUAGAGUAAGGAGGGCAAAGCAGGACCCUAUGUCUACACUCUAAGUGGGAGAAAAGUGGAGGUGGGGUGAAGAAGACCCCCUCAACAUUGUCUUGAUGCAAGAUGAAGGGCUUGCAAGAGUGCACACAGCAGGUGCGAUGCUCACCGGAGAGUAGGCUAUGAUGGGGGAAGGAUGUCACAACCCUAACUAAUCAGCUCAAUAUUCCAGCAAUAGAAUCUCACCACAUGCCUAAAGAGUAGGCACAUGCAUGCAUAGGUGUGCACACGUAAGAGCAAUGGUGUGAUAGGCACCAGUGAACACCCUCACUGAUGUAGGGCAUGGUGCUGGUGCGACAUGGCAUGGUAGGACAAUGCAACCAGGCACACAGAAACAUAGGCAAGUGCGGUGCGACAUAGCAAAACAAGCUGGUGUCAACACUUGGAGGCAUGCACAUGGUGAACCUUACUGUAGAGUUGCAGCAGCCAAAAAUCUACGACUAUGUGAGACCCACCUAAGACCCACCGCUCCCAUUCCUUCCCUAAUUUCUCUCCUCUUGCUCCCACUCUACCAUAGCUCCCACAACCCCCCUACUCUACUCUUCCCUCUAAUGACCUUGUGAUGGUCAUGACAAACCCCUCUCCUUAUCAUUCCCCCGCUUCACCCUCUUCAUAGGUGGGGCUGAGGGCUCCAGCAUUUAGACCCCACAAUACCCCCCCCCUCCCCCCAUAGACUUGUUAGGCUAGGUGGGUCAACAAGGGUACAUGGCAGGAGAAGUGACAUGACGUGGCAUGCACUACAAUACAUGGCAAGCAUGUGGCACUAGUGAGCGCCCUCACUAACUAGUGUUGUGUUGGCAUAUGUAGGAAUAGGGUGUCGAGGCAUAUGCGAAAGAUGCGUGGUGAGCACAAUCUCCUUCUCCCCCACCCCGUAUGAUCUAAGGGACAGGUAGAGGACCUCCCCUCCAUUCUCCCCUCAAAUGACACAAGUGGGUGGGGGGAUCCUUGGGCCUAAUUUCUCCCUCCCCUUGUGCCCCCACUCAAGUGAUUCUGGUGGUGGACGCAACCCCCCUCCUCCACUCCGAUGACCUUGUGAUAGUCAAUAGGUUCCCACACCCCCCAACCCUCAAACCCCUCUUGAGCAAGGUGGGUCGACACAAUACGACAAAGAGUGGCCUAGUGCCGACGAGAGCAGCAGCUAGGUAUGACAUGGGCAGUAGUACAUCACAAGCACUGCAACACCAGUGAGCACCUUCACUGGUAUGGGGUAUGGUGUAGUCAAUCACACAGCGAUCGAUGUAGGCGAGGCGACAUGACAAGAAUGGGCUGGUGUCAACACACGAAGGCACAAGUUGCCACCGUAUGCACGAGAGAUGAGCGAUGUGCAGCAUAACUACCACGGUGCUGCAGGAGGGAUGUAACCGUUGCAGCACACCCACGAGGGAGGAUGAGGCAACACAAUAGUGUGCUGCAGAUCGAGGAUGCAUGGGGUUGCUCGUCAGAUCCCUGACGAGGCACCGACCACAUGACAAUUGUUUCCCCAAAUUUCUCUCUCCUCGUGCUCCCACCACCCUCCUUGUACUCAGAUGACCUUGUGAGGCAAGAGCACCCCCCCCUCUUCACUGGUGGGCAGGGGCUCCUUGGCCUCAAUUUCUCUCUCCCCAUGUGACACCUUCAUGCAAUUUUGGGGGUCAGGCAGAGGCCCCCCUCCUCUACUCUCCCCUCUGAUGACCUAGUGACGAUCAUAAGCCCCCCCCCCCCACGGCCUUAGGCUCGUUUUUCGCUCUCCUUGCACCCUCACCUUGUGACCUUGUGACGGUCAUGACCCCCCCCUGUGACGAUGGGGUGGAAGAACAGCUAUCUGGCAGGAGAAGACCACGCACAGCUGUCCACAGCUUCAAUGCUGACCACAGCUCCUAGACGUGAGCUGCAAGAGGAGCCGAAGAGCAGCAUAAAGGGAGCCCCGAUGGCAAUGAGAAUGCAGCAACCUGUGGAAAUGAGAAGCAUAAAUCACAAUAGAAAUACUAAAGAGGACUGAGCAAAAAUCACACUAAGAGAAGAGAGCACUAGAAGACAGCAAAAACGGCGAAUGCAAGAGAAAAAAAGUAGUCGGCAAGAAAAUAAGAAAGAAAGAUAUGCAGAAGAAGACGAUGGCAAUACGAAGUAUGGAAGAAGAUGAUAAAAAGAUACCACUGGAAGUUGAGCCCAUGCUGAUGUGUUUGGAAACUCGGGCCAGUCUACGUAUGGAUGAGGCGGUUCGUUAUUAUGUGCUUGAUGAUAAUUUUCACUUGCAUCUACACAAAAAAUUUAAGGAUAAGAAUUAUAAACAAGUUUAAAAUCAUUUCAGGACAAUAAACUAUUAAGAAAACGAAAUUAAAUUAGAUUAAAAAUUAAAAAUUCUACUUUGACACGGAAUUGAGGUGAACUAAUGAAUUUGAAAUUGAUUUUUGAUGCAUAAAUCCAUUCUGCAAACAAAGAUGGGACUAAUCCAAACUUAAAAAUGACCACCAUCAAGUGUCACCAUCAAUGUCAACAAGAAGAAGAAAAUGAUCCAUUUUUUGCCCAAAAUUGAAUGUUUUGGCCAUUGAGUGAUUUUGAGUGAGAGUCCUCACUUCUACUCAUUUCUCUCUCCUUAAUUACGUCAAAUUCAAUUAAAUAAAUCUACCCUGUAGGCUUCUAUAAAUCACACUUUCUCCCUUCAAUAAUUCAUGCCCUUAUUUAGAUGGUUGAAAUCCAAGUUUGAAAUAAUAUCUUUCUAGUGGACCAAACUUUGACCAAAUCAACUGAACCCUAAUGACAUUAGCUGUUGAUUCCAGCCGAGAAGACCAGGAAAAGGCAAAUAUUUCAUUUGUAAACGAAAGGGACCAUUUUCCUUAAUUUGUUUUAUUUCUUUCCCCAAAGUUCUAGUUCACCAAGUAUCUUGAUGGAGAAGAGGGUGGGUGUUGUACAAGCAUGGUCUAGUAAAUCUUUAAUAGUUUGUUUUUUUUGCUUUGCAAUAACAUAGGUUUUUACCUUAAUCCAUUGAAAAAAUGUUAGUUACAUAUCCCAAUAUUGAAGUACAUAUCCCCACUCUCACUCUAUGAUCAGUACCUGACUUCUUUCUAUGAUCACUCCUUUUGCCUCUCUCACCCAUAAUCUACUCUUCCCAUCUCUCAAUUCCUACAUUAUCAGGCUUCUCCAUUAAAUCAAUUAUCUUCCCCACCAUUAUUCCAUAACUUACUUGUCAACUAUAACAGGCAUAGAAACGCUCCAUACGGAAAAACUAAAUGAUCAGUUUGGUAGUAAUAAGUACAAGAGUCAUUAGAGGAUGCUAGAAAACCUAAAGAUAAAUAAACACCCCCUUAAAUGAAAAAUUACCUAGGCCACAAUGCACUGAUCACAAAUCACUAAUUGGCAGUGGGCUGAUCCCAUGAUACUACAUUUCAAUAUCAGUCAUCCAAAACAAUGUUCAGCAGGGAGCAAGGAGGAAUGAACUAACCUCCACAAUGUCAAUGGUUUAAUUUUCUAGAAUUGCAUGAAGAACUCUGUAGCAAAUUAAUAUUGGACAAAGUUUAACAUAUAAUAUAAAAAAAAUCUAAUCUUUUCAUUUAUUAUAUUAUUUGGUUCUCCAAAUCUUACUACUUCCCUUAGCAACUAACAAUUAAAGAGGAAAACAAAAAUCGCAUAAAAAAAUUGCAACAUUUAUGACACAUUUGGACACACUUCAACAAAGUUACCCACAUUACUACAAGGCUGGAUUAUUUAUAUUACUCUUAAUUUUGUGGCCGUCCUGCUGAAUGAGGGUUUCAUAUUUUCUCUCUAUGAUCAAUGGGGUUUCUUUGGCAUGAAACAUCAAAGCAGGGAGCCUAUGUAAAGUAAACUUCCUAAAUAGACCACACUUUUUUCGGCUUUUUUUUAUCUUCACUCAGACCACUCCUGUAUCCCCACUUGCUGUAAUCUCUUUAGGCAUUAGUGACACAAACAAAGAAGUCAAUCAUAUGACCUAGGUUACAUAUGUCUAUUAAUUAAUAUCAUGAGAAAACUUUCUAGUUUGAUCUAUCUCAUGAAAUCCCAUUUAAUUAUUUAUAUACUAGUGGAAAAAUGAGUUCAUAUCUUUCUGAGAUCCAUAUUCCACACGUGUUGCAUGCCACUAUAAAAUCUACAGCUGUAUUAUCCCUUUUUUUUAAAAAUGAAUUUAUGCUUUAAGAAACUUAUUGAAUCAUAUGAAAAUUUCCCUAGAAUCUAGAGACCUGAUCACCAAAUUGGCAAGGAAGACUUAUGAACACAUCAUAGGGGAUAACAUUACAGAAAUGCAAAAAUAGAAAAAUUAGCCUACUUAAGUACAUUUGUAUCAGUGCAAAUCAACAUAUGCCUCAGGUAGUUUAAGGAAGAUCCAUGGCAUGAAUCAUCCCGAUCUUCAACUCUUGAGGCUGAGUUACAUGUGAUCUAAAUGAUUGUCCAUGUAAUCAUUCAAAUAUGGAUUGCAACAUGGAUUUUCUAAACCUUAGUCCCACCCAUAAAAGUCAAACUAAGAAACUCAUCUGAAACUAUAAUCCAAUCAAUCUAUAUGAUGCUUAUUUCCUUAGUAUGAAGAAUGAAAGUUAUCACUAGAGGAUAUUGAAAAGCACACGUUACAAAAAAUAUAGGUAAAAAUAAGAAAUCAAGUUGAAAUGUCCAAGACAUUUAUUUGCAAGAAAUUGCAAGGUAAAUAAUCAGGUAGUGCAUUUUAAGAUUGAAAUAAGGACUCCAAAACAUCACGCAACAAACAUAGGAAAUAAAAAUAGCUUCAAGCUGAAAAUAGAAAUUAAUUGGGAGUACCUUCCUUAAACUGCAGCAACAAGAUUCUUAGUCAAAGCUACCCCACCAAUCUGAAAGAUUGAAAAGUUGUCACUAAAUCUAGACUAAUGAACUUCAAUACAUCCCAACAAUUAGUAAUUUCAAAUGUUGGAUAUCAUAAUGAGAUCAUAGACAUAAUCAGCAUGUAAAUGAGAGACCAGCUGAUAUUAUCAUUGCAGCCAAAGGAGAGAAUUUCUUUGUUUGCUCCUUCAGACAAGAGAAGUAUCUACCUGUUUGACAACCUCUGGCAACUGCUACAUUCUCUUACGAUCAGAUGUGAACUCUAGAGUAUCUAGCAGCUCAUACCGAACAGCUGAGGCAUUGAAAUUUACUUCUGUAAAAAUAAAAAGUUUUAAGAAUAAGCACCUAAGUCAAAGAUAAACAACAAAAAUCUAUAGUAAGACACAUCAAAGUGAAGUAAAUUAAUAAAUACUUCUAAAAGAGCCAUCAGGCAGCAAAAGGUGUGCCUCAAAAGGUUUAUUGAGAACAUUUUCAUUUCUAUUUACAAGAACCAUAUGCAAUUGAGCAGCAGCAUUGACAAGUGUAUCUUUAUCUUGAGAUUGGGCUAUGUAGGAGAUUUCUCCACUAGGACUUUAAGCAACAAGAUGUUCUUACUCAAUAGAAACAAAGAUAGUUAUAUCUAGUGCACUUACUAGUUCUAUGCUAUUAGAGAGUUAUAUCACCUUUUAGUGGGCAGAAAAUUAUUGUAAAUUGACAUGACUGUAAGAAAUCUGACAACAUCAGGGACAUUGUUGACAUCAUCAUUAAACAAUUCACCAUCUAUCUAGAAAAGAAAAUUUGUUAGAAUAAUAAAGCAUUUGGAGUAUGAUGAAAAUUAUCCAAUUUGAACAAUGAAACAUGCAUGACGUAAAGAAACAACUUGAAUCAAAUGAAGAGAUUAAUAUUUCUAUACAUAUGCCUAAUGAAAUAAUCUGACUCAAAUGAGGAGAAUAAUACAUAUCCAAACUAUUGCAUGCUUUAAAGUAGUAAAACACAUCACAUGGUAUAUGAGAAAUUUUACCUUGUCAUGGUCUUCUAGAAACCUUGAAUAGACUAAAAAGAAAAAAAUUGAUAUUGAGAGAGAAAAAUGAUUGGGCCAUCACAAGAAAAUGUAACAAACACUUUGCAAGCGUGGUGAGAAAAGAGGAAAAAAAGAGCAAGCUCACUUUCUACCUUUUAGUACCAACAUACUUCAUUCCUCAUUCAAUCCAUUUAUGACUUGGGGCAAACAAACAUCUAACAAAAGUCAAAGAAGAAUGUCUUGGCCACGGUGAAACAAUAGUUAAAAAAAUGAUCAAAACUAUAAUUACUCUCAAGUGAAAAUAACAGAGAUUUGAAUCGGUCAAAACCUUGCAUAUUGCCACGCUUCUGAUUUAAGCUUCACAAAAAUCAUAAAAAAUAAUGUCCUCUUGAUUCUAUAUUGAAUUCUCACAUUUAAUAACAAAAUUACUGACUCAAAAUAAAUUUUUCAAGGAAUUACAACGAUAGGACACAAGUUAGAAAAUCAAGCAACAAUUUCUCAAAAAUAGCAUGCAGAUUAGGCAAUAACUUAUGAAGUGGAUUCUAUAAUCUAUUAUGACACUUUUCAUUUGAUGUGUCAAAUUUGACAUUACUUAAUGUGACAUUUAUCAUCAUUUUACUUAGAUUAACAUGUAAAAUGACAAAUUAACAUCCACAUUACUUAAAUCAUUACUAAUCUCUUGGUGGUACUCAUAAGAAUUCAAAUUCGAACUAAUAAUGAUUGAAAAUCUCAUGUUUAAAGGUAAGAUAAAUUAUAACUAAACCUUUUUACCUCAUACAUGCCUCAAAUUGCAACAACAAGUAUCAAGGGUGAAUUUUAUCUCAAUUGUGCAAACACUCCUCAAGAUUGCAUUCAAAUUUUCAUCUUUAUAUCAAUGCAAAGUCAACACUUUUAAUUAGUAAAUAUCACCCAGUAGAUAUUUGAAACCUCUAUCUAGCACUCAAGAAUGUUUUCCAUUCUAUUAACACAGUCUUUUAUUUAUAGGGAGGAUGAACAAGCAAUUCUCCAAUCUAAAAACUCGAUUUUUGGAGCUUCACUCUGUCUCCUUUUUGUUUAUUUCUUUCUUUCAUAUGUAGACAGGUAGCUUUUUCCUCACGGGUUUUUGUUUUUGACGAGAGGAGAGUGGAUAAGCACUUCCCCUGUCUAAAAGCCCGAUUUUUGGAGCUUCACUCUGUCCUUUUUUUUCCUUUCUUUCUUUCAUACAUAGAUAGGUAGCUUUUUCCUCACAUGCCUUUUUACUGACGAGAGGAGAGUGGAUAAGCACUUCCCCUGUCUAAAAGCCUGAUUUUUGGAGCUUCACUCUAUCUUUUUUUUUUCUUUCAUAUAUAGACAGGUAGCUUUUUCCUCACGGGUUUUUGUUUUUGACGAGAGGAGAGUGGAUAAGCACUUCCCCUGUCUAAAAGCCCGAUUUUUGGAGCUUCACUCUGUCUUUUUCUUUCCUUUCUUUCUUUCAUGCAUAGAUAGGUAGCUUUUUCCUCACAUGCCUUUUUACUGACGAGAGGAGAGUGGAUAAGCACUUCCCCUGUCUAAAAGCCUGAUUUUUGGAGCUUCACUCUAUCUUUUUUUUUUCUUUCAUAUAUAGACAGGUAGCUUUUUCCUCACGGGUUUUUGUUUUUGACGAGAGGAGAGUAGAUAAGCACUUCCCCUGUCUAAAAGCUCGAUUUUUGGAGCUUCACUCUGUCUUUUUUUUUCUUUCUUUCUUCCACAUGUAGACAGGUAGCUUUUUCCUCACGAGCUUUUUCAUGGCAAACUUUUGACCUCUCCCUAUGAUUACUUUGACUGAGGAAUUUAGAACUUCAAUCAUCUUGAAAUGUUCAAUAGACUCUCAAUACCUACUGGGUGAUAUCUACUAAAAUAUAAAGAGUAGAUCUCGCAAAUUCAAUUUCAUGAAAAAUUUAAUAUGCACUUGAGGAGUAUUUUCACAAUCAUUUUAUUAUUUCAAACCAUGUAGCAAACCAUAAUUGUCCAAACAUGGUCUAAAUGCAAGUAAUAUAGUAAUUUGUCUUCUUAUAUUCAUGAGCACUAUGUUGUACAACUAUAAUACAUGGAAAAGAUAAAAAAAAAAAAUUAGAAAUUAUUACAAGCAAGAAGCUAGAGAGAGAAUAUUAUCGAAACAUAAAAGAAAUAACUAUGACAGUGAUUCGGAUGGUAAAUGCAGGCUUGAGUAUAUAUAAUGUUUCACAUGGAGUUCAAUUUCCUUUCGAUCAUAUCAUAUAAAAAAAAGGGAAUGUCCACCUGCACUUCAAAUUUUAAAAUUGAACCAGGCCGAUCAUUUUAAAACGUAAGAAUAUUGAUGCCUAAUUAUAUGCAAUAUAUGUAUGAGAGAGAGAGAGAGAGAGAGAUCGCAACGAUGUUAGAUUCUUGAGAGCGGGACCACAUACUGAGUAGAGCACGAUGAUGUGGGUCAUCUUCUCGUCAUAGAGAUUGCCGAGGCCAAGGUCGGAGAUUUUUGGGUUUACAUCAGCGUCGAGGAGCACGUAGCUGGGCCUCAUGUCCCUGUGGACGGUCCUCAACCGCAACUCCUCGUGCAGGUACAGCAGCCCCCUCGCCGUCCCGACGCAGAUCUCGUACCACGCCGCUCACUCCAGCUGCAACCCUCCGCCGCUCUUCCCUGCAACUCCGACGGUGGCGGCGCCCACCAGCCGCUUUUCGGUUCCGUAAACAGAAAAGAAAAACAAGAAAAGAAAAGAAAAGGAAAGAAUGAAGGAAGGAAGGAAGGAAGGAAGGAAGGAAGGAAGGAGGAGGUGAUUAGGUUGCUUCACGGUCACCCUCCUGCCGUCGAAGAGCUUCCCCAGCGGAAGGCGAACAGGCCACGGCAAUGUGCUUCUUCUUUUUCCUUCUCUCCUUUCUCCUUUUUCCCUCUUUUUCUUCGGUCUUCCGCUCCUCUUCUCCCGUCGGGAACUGUUAAGAUGGUUCACGGUGGACCUGCGGAUGGGGCAACGAUCACGGUGGAUCGGCCAAAUCGGGCGUUGGAUCGGGCAAAGCCGCGGAUCAAGACGGUUCGGCGGAUCAGCGGACCGCUUUUGGGGGGAAAAACCGGAGCCUCUCCUCCCCCCCCCCCUCUCUUUCUGUCUCUCUCCCUCUCCCCCCUUCUCUCCCUCUCUCUGUGUCUCUCUCUACGCCUCUGUCUCUGUCUCUGUCUCUCUCCCUCUCCCCCCUCUCUCCCUCUCUCUGUGUCUCUCUCUCCGCCUGUCUCUUUCUCUCCCUCGUGUGUCCUUCUGAAACCGUGAGAACGUCGAGGAGAUGGGCAUCAACCGCCAGAACGGCUUCGUGUGGCUCGGCCAGAAGAAGGCCUGGUGGGGCAACCGUCUCAGCCCCACCAUUGGAAGGGUCGGCGCCACCACAGGAGGGGAAGACCAGCACAGGAGUCAUUCCACGUCGACAUCGUCAACCUAGGAUCCAAGAUCCGAAUUUUAUUUAUUAUUAGGAUUUUCUUUUCAUUUAGUUUCCUUUAACGAAUUCUUGACCCUAUAAAUAGGAUUACCGCUGUAAUAAACGGUUUUGGUGGUGGAUUUUGAAAAUUUAGACAUUAUUUUCAGAAUUUGCCCUAAGGUUUCCUCUCAGCCGCCGCCGCCACCGCCGCCGCCGCUGAGAGGCGAUCCUCCUACGCCCGUCCGCCCAUUACGAGCGCACGACUCCCCCUUCCACCCCCCCACCCCCCCGUGAUCCACCAUUCGAGAGCGAACAUCCAGUUUCUCUCGCCGCCGAUUGCACUGUCCGCCCUCUGGCGCAUUGUUGUCUACCAACGGCGGUAGACGACAACAUUCACGUCGGCGAGUGUUGACUCGUCGUGAGGCCCCGCUUUCAGGUCGUCGGCAGCCGACGCAGCCAUACGCCCUCAGCCGACUCACGCGUGAUUCUUCCCCGCCGCACGACUGUCCAUUGCCCUCUCGCGCGACGAUUCCAGCAGCCGCCCGUUUCGCCACGGGAGCAUCGAGGUCCUCCAUCGGGCGAGUGCGCAGAAUCAACCUCCGGUUUAGGUUUCGGGGCGUUGCCCCGAACCCUGCUUUUGGAUUUAAAAAGUGAGGUCUGAUGCCUGAGAAUCCUAUCCACAUCAGGGCUAGGGGAGAGUCAACACCAGCAGAGAAAAAUGGUGACCACCAAAAAGUGUUCAUUGCCUCCUUUAUGAUGUUCUAGAGGGUUCUACUCCAUAUAAAUCUAAAGUUUGAAUUCAUCUCAAAUUUAAUUAUGAUGUGUCAUAUGUCUAACGCUCCUACAAAGAUGCUCCCUUCUAACUUUCUUAGCCUUAUAAGUUCAUCUCUAAUGGUAAUCAAUAGUGGCCUGUUUAUGUUAUAUUUUCCUACCAUAUCGUCUACAAAUGAUUCGGCUAACUAUUCAAUCUCAUCUUCCAUGAAUUCUAUUGUGGGUAUACCUUCCUGAAUGUAAUGUGGUUUUUAUGAUUUAGUCUAAACAUAUUAUGGGCCGAUGUGCUCAUUCCAUGUUAUCUUUGCAUAUAUCAUAGAAGAGGUAGAAUUUGCAUAUCUUGUGGUCUGUUUGUGAACUGAGUUAACAUUGAGUGAUGCUGAGAUUGUACUGUUAUCAUUAACUAGAUUGUCAUCGACAUUCGAUUUAGUACCCUCCCUAUUUGUUUUUAUAGUUUGUUUGUUCUUUUGAGUGAUUUUAUGCAUUUGUUUAGUGGACACUACAUCUACAAUUGAACAAAACUGUAAAUUAUUCUACGAAUUUAAAUUAAGUUUGUCAUGUAUCUACGCCUUUGAAGUUUGAGUUUCCUUCAAAGUUUCCUACUUCCUUGAUGCAUCUCCUUUUUCAUUAUAAUGUGAGGCAUUCUUCUCCCUCUUCGUUUCCUUCAUCUUCCAUCUCCAUUAGUAAUAUGAUAUUUUCUUUUGUACUCCCAUCCUCAUGCUUAUCUUCAUUCUGAGUAUUCUUUCCAAGUCCUUUUCUCUUAUCGUUUUCAAUGAUCUCCUCUAAUCUCCCCUUUGUAUACUUGCUUGCUUGAGCUGGUUCUAUAUCUUAGGAUCAUUGCCUCCUGCCCUUUGUAAAUUUCCUGAUUUGAUUUGUUUAGUAUAAGUUGAUCCUCCCCCCCAGCUGUAAGUGAUCUCCUUCUUUUUCUUGGCUUCUUAUUUUCUUUGAAGUAGUCUUGUCUAAUUCCUUUUCAAUGAUAUUUUAAGAAGCUUUUGCCACUUCAUUUGUUAUGCUCAGCAGGUUACAAAGCCUGAAUAGAUGUGAUGUUUCAUGUUGGGCUCUCUACUACUUGACAUGUUCCAAUUGCAACCAAUUAUCUUCUUCCUCCAUCAAUUCUUCUUUAUCUCCUGAAUCAUUUUCCUGCACCAUCUCUUUACUCAUCUAGAAAUCCCACCCUUGUUAGUUAGAUGCAUUGUCCUCAUUUGAGGUUUCUUCAACUAUUUUCUCACUUAUAUCUAACGCAGAUUUGUCAUCCUCUGAAUGGUUGUUUUCACUAGAGAUCUCUAGGCUAUUUAUUUCUGCCCCUAUAUUUCUUUUCUGUAGAGCACUAUCAAAAGUUUUAUUUUACAUUUGAUGCUCUAUUCCAUCUCUUUUCUUUUGGGUAGUCCACCAUGAUUGGGUUUGUCCCCAACAUGCCUACAUGCUCUUUUCCUUCUCGGCCCUAAAUUUUCUCUUGUUCGAAUCUUUCAUUCCUUGUCAAAGAGUUGAGUCUACCACUUCUUCAAAUAACUUUGGUUGAGGCUGAGUGGGAUUUCUUUCUACUACCCAUUUUUGCUAUAGGUAGCUAUUUGGGCAACCUUCCUUAGUCUUCUCUGGUUUAGUCCCCUUGCUUUCAGAGCCUAUAAGACUUAAGAGAGGGAAAAAAAUAGAAACCAAGAAAUUAAGCUAAACUAACUUUGAUGGGGCCACUUGCUAUCUUCUGUAGCUCUUGCACCCUCUAUUGCACACCAAUAGUGCCAUGUUAUGACAGAGACCACUUGCUGCCAUCUGCCUUUGUUCAUGUGGCUGACUGAUGCUAUUCCCCUUCCAUGUUUCUAUUUUCUCUUCAUGCACCCUUUGUCGCUUUCCAAUAGUUUAUGCCUUUGCACUUUAACUCAUAAUCAAUACGACCCUUUCUAGUGUUAGGAACCACUUUCAACAAUGUUAGAGCAGCAUGAAGGCCUUUGGAAUCUCCAAUGACCCACCUCCUAGCUUCCUACUCUCUUCUGCUCACUACUCAGCACCUCAGGAACCCUCUAUGGGAACAUUUAAUAUAUGUAACCUUCUCAUGUUGGCUGUGUCUAGGAUUGCCUGACCACCUCACACGAAACCCUCAGGACUUGACCAUCGAGAUAAAUACUGAUAGCUCACCCAAGCAUCAUCUUCUCCUCUAAUUCCUCCUCUCCCCCCCCCCACCCUCCGGGGGUAGUGGUCUCCCCCUCCUUGGAGCCAUUGGAAUCACUUGAGCUCGAGGAGAUAUAAUAUUUUUUUCACAAAUAGGUUUUUUUUUUGGGUUUGGGGUUCAAGAUCUAUGGUCUUAAGGUUUAGGGUUUAUUUUAGUUUUUUGGUUAAAGUCUUGUGUAUUCUAAAAAGAAAGCACAUACUACUAUCUAUCGCUAUAUUCUUCGACACAUGUGACUAUGGUCUAGUAAUAAGGGGGGCACUUCUCUCCUUGAGUUUGAUUGGCAUUCAACUGUUUGAGAAUUGGUCGAUGACUAGUAGUUUAGUUGGUUUACUUGGACUUGGGGUUAGACUGCCCAUUGCUAGUCCAACUUCAAACUUGCCUGGUAGGCUAACUAGGGGAUACAUGUAACCUCUUCACCGCUUCGCUUCUGGCCAUGAGGAAUGGGUUUUGGAGUGUGCUUAAGAUUUUGGGUUUAGGAUUUCAAGUUUUUAGUUUAGGUUUAGGGUUUAGGGGUGUGGGUUUCGGGUUUUGGAGUUUCGGGAUAAGGAUUUAAGGUAUAAGGUUAUGGGUUCUGUUUUUAUAAUAAGGAAAAUCCUAUUGAUGAAUGAUCCCAAGAUACACUAUUGGGGUCAAACUUGUGCAUACAUGGUUUUGUAGUAGACGUAAGUACCACAUUAGUUUGUUGAGUGGGGAAUUGGUGGCCUUGUUUACCUAUGAAUUAGUCUAGGGGGCUCCUUUUGGGCUUGGCUUUGUGCUUCUCAUUUGUUGGGCCUUUUUGAUUCGGCCCAUAUGUAGUCUAUUGUGAUGGAUUGAACCCUAUUUCUUUUUUUUUAUCAACUUUCUCUUCUUGGGCUUUUCUUUUGUAGGCUCACAUGACUAGGAUAAGUCAAUCAUGCACUUUGAGGUUUUAUGCUUCUCAAUGAUUCUUGGUCUGUAAGAGGACCACCAGCGAACUAGGUGAAGACAAUUAUAUUUUCUUAAUACCAACUUGGCCAGUGGUCAUUUUAACGGUUUUUGUCGCUUCUCUUUUGUGGUUGGGAAGACCAUCCCUCUAGUUCAUUUCCAUGGCUUAAGAUUGUUUUGCUUUUUGUCUCUACUCCUCUAUCUCCAUUCUUCUCCCUUAGACAUGCAUAUGACAUCAAGUUCUCCCACAACAUAUGGUAAUAAAAGUCUGAUUUGUUAUAUCAUAAGGCAUGAUUUGUCCAUGAUUUUGUAUAGUUUCAAUAUGAUUAUUUUUCUCAAGGUUGUCAAUUACUUUCUUCCUUUUAAUUCUUACCUCUCUUCCCCUUCCCUUUUUUUUAUAUCCUUCCAGCUCACUUCCACAUGCCAAUAGGCAGCACUAUAGAUAUCAAUCCUUGAGGUUGACGUUGAUCAAAUUUAAACUUUCUGUCUAGUUCUAAGAUUUAUCUUACAACUUAGAGAUCCUCAUCUAUCUUUAUAGCAAGAAACAAGAUCUUUUGUAUUUUAAGUAAGAGGUUUGCUUUUUUUAUUUCAUUUCCUCAUUUCUCCCUACUUCUUCCUCACUUCUUUUUUCAUUUUUUUGGGUUUUUUUUUUCUAUUUUUCAGGGGGGAGAGAACUUAUUGUCUUUUGGACCUUUCACAACUCUUACUUUCUUCUUUUUCUUCUUCUCUUUUUUUUUGGACUACUUUUUCUUAUGUUUUUUAUGAUUCUAGAUGUCAUGCCCCAAGAUUCUAGUUUCUGAUCUUUUGGUUCUCCAUGUUCUUUUGAUAAGCCUUUUCCUUUUAGGUAGCCUUUAUUUUCUUUUCUUCACCAUGAUUUGUAGCUCUAGUGUUCCUUGCACUAUGUAUGGCUAGUUGUGUCAUUUGUGUUACUUUUUUAUAAUGUUUGGGACUUGUGUGUGUGUUUGUGUUCUUUUUUUCUGUUAAGUGCUUUCAUUGAUUGGUGAUUUGUAAGAAUACAAUAUUCUGGAUCAUUCUUUCAAUCCAAAAGGAGUUGAGGGCUUAGGAAUUACUCAUGACAUUUAUCCCCUUAGUGAUACGUUUGCAGCACAUACACGGCAGUUUGAGCUUCAUCUUCUUUUCCUCUUCUUUUGGACUUGUCACAUGGUGUCUAUUAAAGCUAGACUUUUGUGUUUUAACUAGUUUUAUUAAUUGAUUUUAUUUUUUUAACUUGUAGAAUAAAUAUAGGAUAUGUUGUUAAUUUUAAAAGUCUAAAGUUAAAAUACUUAGCAUAUUUUUUUAUUAUUAAAAUAAAUAGAAUAAAAGAUAAAAAUUUUUUUCUGCCCGCUGCCAAGCUAAUACUCAAGCAAGUAGACCCAGAUCGGGGGAGCCACGAGCUCGGCUUGAGUGGUGAAGGCCUCGCUCCACACACGUGUGUGUCACUCCCCUUCUGAUAGCACAUGAAUAAUGUGCUAGAAUACACUAUGAGUUAGUCAAUUUUACAGCUCUAUAAGAUUAUUAAUGUGUUAUUUACAUUAAUAAAGAUAGUUUUCUAGUUUACAUUAAAUAUAACUCUUUUGUGAUUUUUCUAACCAUUUUCUAACAUUUUAGGAAUUUCUACCUCAUGUCGUAAUCACUCCAUCAAUGGUUGUGAUACAACAGCUCAAUCGUCACUCACAGGAGUGAGGAGGCGGCAUUUCAGCAGGAGAAAGAUCUGAUGGCUUAGGAGAGAGCACAAAAUAAGGGAGUCCACCGAUCGAACAAAGCGUGGCCACGUGGGAGAGGAAGCUACUUGAACCUUUGGGCAGUUUCUCGUGCGCACGCAAGAGGCGUGCGAGAGGCAAAUUAGAGAAGAGAGAGAAAGGGAACACCACCCUAUAUGUUUCGGAAAACUAAUGUUACGAACAGCUUUUGAUGAAGGAAGCCUUCGGCGAUUCAGCCAACCUAGAGGGGUUUAGGGUUUUUCGAGCUCCACAUCGUGUGAAUACAAGUGUGCCCAUCUAGAAUGUUCCUCAUCUUGCCUGAACGAGGUCUCUCCCGCUGCUUCAAGUGAACGCCUCUUCUUGGCAGAAGUAAGGAAGAAGGAAUAGUGACACUUGGUCAAUUUCAAGAUGAAGUAAAUUCUGUUUGGUUUAGUUUAGGUUAGAUUUUAAUUAGGAAUUAAAUAGGAGAAGAUACGAACAAUUGAUUCCCGUUCUUACGCCGACCAGAUCUAAGAAAUCAGAUCCGGAUUCAUCGUUCCCCCUUCUUCUCUCUGUCUAAUCCACGACCCUUCGUUCUCUUUCCCAUUCCAUCCUUCAUUAGAAUGAGCAUUAAAAAAUAAGCCUCAAAUUCCCUAAGGAGACGACUUGACUCACUACUAUCUACAAGUUUUUCAUGAAUCAGAUUAGAACAUAACUCAUACUAUUUUUGAUUGAGGAGAUUAAGGACUAAUGACACCUGUAGAAAAUCUAACUCAUCAAAUGGCACUAUUGUCGGGGAAUUUCAAGCAUUGAAUAAUUUGAUGCAUGUUGUUUUUAAUGAAGAUGCUUUUAGUUUCUUGAGUUUUAUCUACAGCAAACAAGGUGAUGUGGAUACUAGUCAAUCACUUAGAGAAAUUCUAAAGAACAAGGUAAGUGAGCUCUAAGGAAUUUUGUGCAAAGAUAUCGAGCAAAAUUUGAUAUGAUUUUAGGAGAAAUUGGCUUGAACAAUAUCCACUGAAUCAUGUCAUUUAACUUUCUUUGUUGAAUGUGACAGGUUUAUUUGAGCAAAAUCAACCUCAAGAGAAAAGUUUCUUUUUAAAAGCAUUCAAAGAUUAGAAAUCUAACCUUGCAAGACUGAUUAAGGAUAUUAAUCUACGAAUAGAUUCAAAAUUGAUUGUCUAACCUCUAUUUGGUGUUGUGACUUAUAUUAAUAGUCACAUUGAACAGCUAUUAUGAGAAGACGAGGCAAGGGAAGCCUCAGGCUAAAGAAUUAACCUCAAAACAAGUAGAAAUCUCAAAUUUUGACUUUAAAAUUUUGACCUAUUUUUCUGUAUUAGAUGAUUUUUCUAAAACUUUGAUCAAUUAUAGUUGCUACAUAUGUGUGAUGAUUGGCUAUGAAUGUGGACUUCCACGAACGUGGUAGAUUAGAUUUCCCAAAAAAUUCCUUAACUAUCUCAUAGUGAUCCUUUCCAACUAUAUCCCAACAUGCGAUGAAGAAAUUUACGCUCAUACCAUCUGGUCAAGGGGUGCUGUCUAACUUCAUACCGAACAUGGUUUCCUUAAUCUCCUCGUCAUCUGGGGGCUGACAUAAUGCAUCAUUCUGUUCUUGUGACACACAUCUGGGUAUGUAAUCUCACAAUUUCAAGGUUCCCUGAUAUCUGCUCUAUCUUGAGCAAGGCUUCAAAAUAUUUCCUACCGCCUCCAUUAAUCGAUCCUCAUUAUGUGCAAAUUCCUCCCUUAACUCAUGUAGGUUGGACAAGUGGUUCCUAACCCUAGUUGUCAAGUGGAGGAAUUUAGUGUUUCAAUACUCUUAUCCCAUCAUGUUUUUAGGCUGAUCUCUAGCUCCUCAAUCCUUUUUCAAUACUUCCUUCAACCAUCUUAUCCUAGAUUUCUAGCACCAGAAAAUCUCGUUUUGAAGCAGGAUCUCCUCCAAUUCUCCUUUUUUAUUUGCAAGCUCUGUUUCAAUACUCUCAUCCCAUCAUGUUUGUAGGCUGAUCUCUAGCUCCUCAAUGCCUUUUUCUACCGACUCUAUCCUCACUCGAAUGUUUCCAAAGACCUAUUUAUUCCACCACCUGAGAGCUUACUUAAUAUUUCUAAUUCGCUAGGAAAAGUUUACCAAGGGGCAAUUAGAGAUUGUACCCCCCCACCUUUGUUUUACAAACUCAAAGAGAGCCCUCUAAUGGACAUGACGAUUAACAUUCCAAUGAAGAACAAAGACACAUACUAAAAAACAGAUUAUUGAGUUAAAUGUCAGUCUUUUUUGUCAAGAAAACAUAAUAAAGUUGAAAAAGCAAAGGCUGGCAGCAAUUAGGGUUUAGGGUUUAGGGUUUUUUUUUAAUUUAAGGUUUGAUUAUAUUGAUGUUGAGAAAUGUUUAUCCCCGAGCCUCAUACGUGAGAUCUAGGGGAGACAUGAGAUAACUCUUUAUGAAAAGUGGUAAAUGAAAGAUGAAGUGGUAGAUGCGAUCGAAGUUGAUCAUCUCAGUUGAGACUAUUGUGAAAUCCUCCCAUCUGUAGUGCGAGGAUAGCUUUGUGUUGGUGGUGCUGCGUAUGCCAGGUCGUGUGCUAGUUGGGGGUUGGCCUAGGCGAUUCGCCACUGUCGGGGGGUGACAGGUCUCCAUGUUCGCCGUAUAUGAAGUGCUGGCAUGCCGAUCUGCUCCAAGCAAUGUCGACCUCGAGCUUCGGCCAACAUCUCUUGCCAAGAGGAGAAUACAGAGCACAGACGAGUGCAUACUACAUGUGUAGCGAGCGCGUCUACUAUCUAGUUCCCUUCACAUAAUUGGUGUGUAAUGGUAGUGAUCCUUGUUCUACAACAUAUGAUGUCAGUCCAAGUACUCUGAAGUCGCCAAUAAGAAUAGGAACCCUAUUUGUAGCAUCUACACAAUACUUGUGAGUCAGAUUCUACGACGAUAUCAUGGAGAUUGCGUUCCUCACAGAGGAGCAAACCGUCAUGUAUCGCCAUAGCCUCUAUUGUAGUGGUAGUUUGAAUAUUAUAAAAAUAAGAGAAGGCAAAGAUAAUACUCCUCGUACGAUCCUGUAAGAUGCCUCAUUCUCUUGUAGGUCCAAGGUUCCCUCGAGCUGCUCCAUCGACAUUCAACUUUAGUAUUCAAUUGGCGGCAGUCUCCAUCGGACAACAUGAGUAGAGAUCUCUAUGCGCAUAGGCGUGGCUUGGACUCCCCAAGUCUAAGGACCUCACAAAUUGAGGCCGAACAUGUCACUGAAGGCAACACUAAAGGAUAGGUACUUCAUAGUCAUUGUGUGAUGUGUCUCAUGAUCUCUAGUGCGCGCAUCUACUGACCUGCAAAACAAGAGAGAUUUUCCCCCUUCUAUAUCUCUCAUAACAUGUAUGUUAUGGAAAUACAUAGGUAGGGGCUGCCCGUAGAGCUUUGCGGUGAAUCAAAGACUCUUCUGAAAAUCUCUAGGGGUGUAAGAGAUAGAGAAAGAUGAAAUGCUGGGGACCAAUUCAGUAAGAGUUGGUUUCAACAUUUCGUAGUAACAAUAUUAUGAAAAAAUAAGUGGCCCAUAGUUUCACUACUCGGAGUGAGGGGACAACAAUGACACUUAGAAUAGAUGUUAUGUCCUGUGAUGGACAUACGAUCAUUUGUAGGAAGUCCACGGUGCAUCGAUUUCCACAUAAAGAAAGAGACUCGAGGUACGAUAGUACGGUGCCAAAUAAGAUCUCCCUAAAACUAUUUUGCGGAACAAUUUCUAAAGUAAUUCUAAGAAGAACUACAAGAAAAACUCCCAUCUUGGGUAAGAGUCCAGAUGAGAUGAUCAUCACUAGGACCCAACUCUAUCAAUGAGAUCUCUGGUAGUAUAUCUAAUGAGAGCCCGUAUCUCUCGAGGAAUACACUAGUAUCUCCAUCGAGAAGCUGAGCCACCGUGAGACGAGGUCAGGAUGACAUAAAGGAGGUAAAGGAGGCCAAGGGAGUGUCCGCAAGCCGUGUCAUACCAAUCAGUGAUAGUGCCUCGUCCUACUCGACAUUGGAUUAAAGACCUCAUCUGCAACCAAUGUCUUUGCCAAUCUACCCAUCGCUUCCCUCCUUUUAUGUCAGUUGGUUGGCUAGCCCAAUCGCCGUAUUUGGCUAGCACAAGGGUCCCUAGGGGUGAUCUCGUCAUCCUCAUCCACCAUACGAGUUUCUUCUGAAGCAUGUCGAGGAUAUCCUCAGGGCGUCUAAUCCCUAGGCCGCCUUUGUCCAUCGAUCGACAUGCAUUCUUCCAAGAAACUCGAUGUUGACAAUGAGGUCAAUCGAGUUGACCAUUCCAUAAGAAGGAGGUACAAAUCUGCCUCACAGAUCGUAAGAUGAUAUCUGGUACCCCAUGUACUGCAAGUAGGUGCAAGGACAUACUCAAGAGGACAUGGCAUAUCAAUUGGAUGUGACUGCCUGAGGAUAUAAGCUGAAGCUUCCAUCCGUCAAGUUUCUUCCUCAACUUGCACAAAAGAGAAUCAAAGUAAUGAACCCGAGUGCAUCCGAAGAAGAUGGGGCAUUCAAGAUAAUCAAAGGGUAGAUGACCACGUGAGAAUCCUGUUAGGUUCUGUAUGCGUCGUACGGUGCUAAUGGUGGCAGAAGAUGCUACCAUGAAGCUACACUUUGAGGCAUUGAUGAGUUGACUUGCGGCCUACUCGUAGCUCGAGAUGAUAGUCAUGAGUCUCCUAAUAGACGCUUCACACCCAUUAAGGAAAAGUAUCGCAUCAUCAGCAAACAAAGAAUGUAAUAUGAUCGGGCAACCCCUCUUUGAAUGAUAUGGUUGGAUAACCCCACGUGUCACCGCUCGGGAGAGGGUUCGACUAAGGACUUCUUCAACCAAUAUGAAGAGAGUGGGUGAUAGGGGAUCACCCUGCCAUAAUCCUCGCGUGGCCGUGAAGAAAGGUGUGAGCAAGGUGAACUCAUCAAUAAGCACCAAUUAGGCCUCGUCAGGCUUAUUGAACCUAUAAUAUCAUCAGAUCACAUUCACCCAUUAUUUAGACGCCUAGGCAUGGGUCAGUUUCAUUCUAACCCUACGAACCAUAUCUGGUUGUUCUAGAAGAGAUCAUAUUCUCUACAACUACUUGUUGAGGGGCCACACCAUGUUACGAUGAGGGUACUAGGCUCUGGCCACAACAUGUUACGAUGAGGGUACUGGAGUGAUGAUCACUCCUUCGAGUAGAUGGGGUGGUGGAGCAGAGCUAGGUUCCACUAUGUUGGAAAUGCAUAGAAAGCAACAAACCGAUUCUUUGAGUAGAUGCUAGGUUUCUUAAGGAAUUUGAUAUUAAUACUAAAUUAUUUGUUAUUGUUCAAAAACCUGAUUCAGAUAUCAAAAUAAUUGACCUUAUACCAAAAUCUAUUGAAAGUCUCUUAUCUUAAUUUUCUAUAAUUCAAAAACUAUCUACUCAUCUUCCACCAAUGCAAGAUGUACAACAUCAUAUUGACCUUAUACCAAAAGCAAGCUUCCCUAACCUUCUACAUUAUAGGAUGACUUCACAAGAAAAUCAAAAUUUUCAAGAACAAGUUAAAGAGUUAUUGAGUAAAGGAUUGAUAAGAGAAAGUAUGAGCUCAUACUCUGUGACUGCUUUACUUGUUCCAAAGAAAGAUGGAAGUUGACCGAUGUAUGUCGACAGCAGAGCUAUCAACAAGUUAACAAUUUAGUAUAGAUUCUAAUUUCACAUCUAGAUGACAUGUUAAAUGUGCUUUGUGGUUCUAAAAUUUUCUCAAAAGUUGAUUUAAAGACUAGAUAUCAUCAAAUUCGAAUUUGGCCAAAAGAUGAAUAGAAGAUCAAAUUCAAAUUUAAAUUUUAGAUGAAAUUUGAAUUCAAACAAAAAUUUAAAUUUCAGAUAAAAUUUGAAUUUCAAACAAAAAAUUGAAUUUCGUAUUUCAAUUUUGAAAUUGAAAUUUAAAUUUCAAAUAAAAUUUGAAAAAUAAUGAAAAUAUAUAUAUGGGGCUAAUUUCGUAAUAGAGCUAGUAAAGCGGGCUUCAAGCUACAACGAUACUAGGUUCAGUGACACUAAAUCUUGAUGAUAUUCCCAUUAUCUUUAGUAAGUCCAUGACAUACGCAUUGAGUUUAUGAUUAUUUUCUGCUAGCAAUCGUUCUUUUCUCAAGUAAUUGGUUGCCUUUUCCUUGUAGUUUGCAUAACCAAAUCACCAACUUUUGUCUGCCUUUUUCUUGUAGUUUGCAUAAUUGAUUGUAACAUACUUCUUCACAUUCUCAUGUACUAUUUGGAUGUAUUCUUCUAUGUUAUUUGCUGCGACACUAGUACUAGGUUUUCUUGGUACUUCAAUUAAGUCAAAAAAGACUUUUGGUGGAAAAUAGUAGACAAUAGAAAAUAGAGAGUAAUUUGUAGACCAAUUUAUCAUAGAAUUAUAUGCAAAAUCUGCUUGAGCUAAGACAAGAUCCCAUUGUCUUGGUUUGUCUCCUGAAAUACAAUAGAUUAAAUAACCAAGUGUCUUGUUUACAACUUUUGUUUGACCAUCAGUUUGUGGAUGACUCAUAGUACUAAAUUUUAGGUAUGAGUCAAAUCUGUUCCAAAGAGUAUGCCAGAAAUGGGACAGAAAUUUUGAGUCUCUAUUAGAUGUAAUAAUCUAAGGCACCAUGCAGACGAACUAUUUCCUUAAAAAAUCAAUUUGCCAUCUUUGAGAAUCUAUCCACAACCACAAAAACAAAAUGCUCCUCUUUGAGUACGUGGUAAUGCCAAAAUGAAAUCCAUAGAAAUGUCAGUCCAUAUUUUAUCUAGAAUAGGUAGUAGAGUGUAUAGACAUGUGUUCUAGUACUAUCCUCUAUUAAUUUGAAAAAUUUGACAUCUCCGCAAAAAACUUUCAAACUCUUUCUUAAAAGUGAACUAUGUUCUGACAUUGUCAUUUAUUAAUUUGACAAAUUUGACAUCUCUACACAAAACUUUCAAACUCUUUCUUAAAAGUGGAUUGUGUUCUAGCACUGUCCUUUAUUAGUGGACUCUAUGCUUUAUCUAGAAUGGGUAGUGGAAGUGUACAUACCUGUGUGUUUUGGCUAAUAACAUCAUUCCUCCAUCAUUUUCAAAAUCUUGUCACGACCUAAGUGUCCACCAAGCCCUCCUGCAUCUAAUUCUUGAAUUAACUUCUCACGCAAAGAAGUUCGAGAGAUACAUAAUUUUAAUUGAUAUUCUUGACAUACAUAUCAUAUACUGUUGAGAAUAAUCAUCGUUGUCUCGAUAUAAUUUCUUGAGAUAAUAAAAUCUUGUGAUUUCAACACGCAAGUUCAGUAAACAUGUUGUUUUUCUACUAAGAGCAUCUGCAACUCGAUUCAAUUUUCUUAACUUGUGUUUAAUAACAAAAGUAAACCGUUGAAUGAAAGAGAUCCACCUGACAUGCAUUCUACUGAUGAAAGUCUGACUAAUUACUGAUUUAAGAGCCUGAUGAUUAGUAUAUAAAAUAAAUUGUCAUUGAAUCAAAUAGUGUUCCCUUCUUGAUCUAAUCAAAUAAAUUUUGGUGAAAUAAAUUUUUUGAAACUUUAGUUUUUGUUUCUUUCUUGAUCCAACCAAUUCGAUAUAGAUGAGGACGUGGGCUUGUUUGUAAAUCUAAUUUUUUAACCAUCAUAGAAAAGACAAUGUUCUCACUACUACCACUAUCAAUGAUUAUAUCACAAUAGUAGAAGAAACAAUAGUAGAUCUUCCUCUUUCUAGGUGAAGAAUUUAAUUUUGACUUCCAAAAUUUUGAAUUCUGGUUUUUCCUUUCUCUAAUAAGGCUUGAAAAAUGAUGUAAAGCUACUUUGUCUUCAAUUUCUCAUCUGAGACCACCUUUAAAUCUUGAAAUCAUAUACUGCUGAUACAAAAUUUGUUCAUAAUCUAGGAGAAGAAAAUGAGAUUUAAAAAGUUUUUUCAUUUUCUUCCAUAAUCAUAUAGGUUCUUUGCUUGACCUCGUAUGUGUGAUCUGUAAUUGAUCCCACCUUACAGAGGCUCCACCCUUCAAUUUAUAAGUCAAUAGCUUGACUUGCUUUUCAUCAAAAAAUUUCAUAUACUUAAAAAAUCAUUCUACUUCAACUAACCAAUCUAAGAACUUUUUAAUCUUCAAAUGGCCAUUAAAACAUGGUAAGUCAAUCUUCAAAUGAAAAUCUCAAAAUUUUUCUUCAAAACUUGAUCUAGAACAAGUAGAACUAGAUGAAUAGUGAGUAUCUAAUGAAGGUUCAACAUGAGUGACUUUUUGAGGAUGUCUGAUUUCAUGAUCUCUAAGGGGGCAUGAAUGACUCUCUAAUACACUCAUUCUUGCCCAGAGUGAUUUCAAGGUAUCACUAAUAUCAUCUUUGAUCCAUUCAAUCUUGAAAAAUAAUAAAAUCUGAUUUUGAGAUAGGAAAAACUUUAGGUGAAUCAUCAUCACCAAUAUGAGUAGAUUUACCUCGUGACAUUUUUGAACUUUGAUUGAAAUGUUGACUUGCUCUGAUACCAAUUGAUGCAGUAGUAACACAAAAGAUAAACAACAUAUGGGCUUGAACCCACAAAGCUCCAAUCUUGGGGAAGAAACCUGUCUCUAACUCCACAAAUUUAGAGUCUUUAACCCUUGAAUUCACAAAGGGGUGCCUGAAUCCACAAGCAAGAGAGAAGAAAAGUUCUCACAGUGGAGAAAACUAUUUCAACUAAAAAAAGUGAGUAACUUAGGUUACAAUGGGGGCCUUUAUACAGGCAUAAACAAGAGGUUGGGCACUCCUCAAAAGGAAGAUCCUGACAGAUCUUGGGGACAAUCUAACUAACUCUAAAAUAACUUAAAAUAGACUCUAACAAAUUGAGAUCUUAAACAAAUCUUCUAAAAAUACUUUGACAUGACCUAAAGUAGAGUCUAACAAUGAGAGACCUUGAGCAGAUCUUAGGUAUAGAAUCUAAUCGUCAGAGAUCCUGAACAAAUCUUAGAUACAAGUUGAACCACAUUAAAGUCUCUUCUAGAAGGGAUGAGACAUAAAGUACCUUCUAGAAGUGAAAGGACAUAAAGUGGGCCCAAAUUCCUAUAGAACUGGUCAGGUUUUAACAGCUUCAACCUUUUCUUCAUCCACUUUGAAAAACCUAUAUUUCUCUUAUUGAGCGUAAAACAAAUUUCUCAAUAUUUUUGUAAAAAAUAUAAUGAUUAUCUCUAUGAAGGUGAGUUGCAUCUAAAUCUUAUUGCCAUGUUCUACCAAAAAUUAGAUUACAGACAUUCAUCUCAUCAACAUCACUAUAAAUUUCAUCAAAAUAAUUUUUUUCCUUGCAGCCCAUUACUAUUGCAGCUUGAAGCCCACUAUACUUGAUGCGCACUAAAUUACUAUUGCAAUUUGAAGCCCGCUUUACUAGCUCAAUUACGAAAUUAGGCCCAUAUAUCUAUUUUUAUUCUUUUUUAAAUUUUAUUUGAAAUUUAAAUUGAAAUUUUAAAAGAUCAAUUCGGUAGUAAUAAGUACAAGAGUCAUUAGAGGAUGCUAGAAAACCUAAAGAUAAACAGACACCCCCUUAAAUGAAAAAUUACUUGGGCCGUGACGUGACUCAGUCGUUGUAUAUUAAAUCACGCAAAUCUAAAAUUUAUAAAACUAGAAAAUAUGAAUUUUUGGAUAUUUAGAAGUAUUUCUAAAUAAAUAUAUCAAUUAUAAUUCAAUAAAAGUUCCAAAAAUAGCAGUAAUUUUCCAGGUCGAUCACAGAGAUGUAAUAUAAUAUCUGGUAAUUAUUCAGAAUUUUUCUCAAUGAUUACGAUUUUCUAUGAAUUUUAUACUAGGAAAUUAAAAAGGAAAUAUAUUUAAAAUUCACAAAAAAGGGAAAUAAGGGAGCAGAUGUCAGGAUGAUGUCAGCACCCGACGAAUGUGAAUCGGGCGGAAACAGAGUUCCGCCCGGUGAUUCUUACGUAAGCGAUUACAGACGAUUUAAUUGAUCAAAUUAAGAUCUGUAAAAGCCGGAAGAAUCGUAAUAGAACAAAGUAUAUCUUGGUAAAUUAAAAACACAAAAAUUAUCACUAAAUGAAGUGUAAAGUAAAUUGAAAGCAAGAAAACAGAGUUCCGGCGUCGCGACGGCGAUGCGUCGGCGAUGCACCGGAAUCCUGAGCGUUCGGGAGGAUCAUCGUGCAGUGUCCACGGCCUUAAAGGCUCUCCUUGGACAAAGACGACGUGGUCAAUCUCUAGAUCUUCUCGCGAAGUCUAGAGAUCAAUGAAGUGGGUCGUCGAAUCGUCUCCGGCGGCUAUCACCCGGCGGAGUGGAAAAACGGCGACUUUGCGGCUUUCCGGCGGCUGUCACCCGACGGAGAGGAGCUGGAUGGAGGUGGGGCGCGUGUCAGGGAGCUUCAUCCUCAGGUCCGCUCAGCAAGAGGAGGCUCUUCAUCGCAUCUGGUACGCUCUCAGGAGGUGGCGACUCGUCUCCUGGCGGAUCGUCCUCUUCCCGACGACGGCUUGUUCGUCGAUCAAUCGGAGAUCAUUUACUUGAUGGAUUCGUGAUCCUUUUAUCGCGAAUCGUUCAGCAAUUUUAGUAGCAAUGCUCCGCGAAUCGCGUUGACGAGAUUUUCGCCGAUGAUCCAGCGAUUCUCGUUGCUUAAUCCUUCACCGGCGAUCUGCAGGAAAGUCGCGAUAAUCAGAUAAAAAUAUAUGAAUUUUGACUCUGGGAGGAUUCGAACCCGCGCCGGUUGUCUACCCCGUCUGAGGAAGGUAUGACGCGGGUUUAGUCCCACAUCAGUUGUGCGCUGAUUUUUUGGGCAAAUAUAUAGUAAUGUUACGUUUCUAAGCAAAGUUCCUUCUCUCGCGUGUACGACCACUCCUUGCUCUACAGCCAGCUGGCCACCGGUGACGUGGAAGGGGAGUGGCGCACACGUGGCCCUAUCAGUCCAAGCCGCUCGAGCCGCUGCUCGCGGCUACUCCCUGACUGAGCUUCCGACCCGCUUGUGGGCCCGGCUGUAGUAAUGUUGGUAAAUUUUUAGUUGGUAAAUAAUCCAGCCUUGUAGUAAUGUUGGUAAAUUUGUUGAAGUGUGUCCAAGUGUGUCCAAAUGUUUAGGGUUUAGGGUUUUUUUUUGGGAUAACUGUCUUGGGCCGAACUUCUCGGGAGGUCACCAAUCCCGGUACUUCACAUGCCCAAGCACUUCACCAAUCCGAACUUCACAUAUGCCUCUCGGCAUGGUGGCAGGGGUGCCUCUUGGCACGUUCUUCGGAGCUGGGGGCAUCUUGGCAUGGUGAGAUGGUUGCCACAUAUGCCUCUCGGCAUGGUGGCAGGGGUGCCUCUCGGCACGUUCUUCGAAACUCGAAGCAUCUUGGCAUGGUGUUGGAGGGGUUCGUAACACGUGCCUGGCGGCACGAUAAUGCAGCGGUGCCUUUCAGCACAUGCACAGCAAGCGUCUCGCAACGCAUGCACACGUACCUUGGGACUUCCCAGGGAGGUCACCCAUCCGGUGACUGCUCCCACCCGAGCACACUUAACUCCGGAGUUCUUAUGGGAUCCGGUGGCAACUCUCCCACUUAGGGGGGUUAGGGUUUAGGGUUUAGGGUUUUUUUUUUUUUUUUUUUUUUUUUUUUUUUUUUUUUUUUUUUUUUUUUUUUUUUUUGAAGAAGAAAUUUGAUUGAGUGAUAAAAGUUUGACCUCAUUCCGAGGUUACAUAAGUGGGAUCUCAUUCGCACAAGGGGCGAGGAUGACAUGAAGAAUGAAAGACCUCUUUUGAAGAGGGGAUGUGAUGAUACUGGAGAUAGGCUCCAAGGCGUUCAUCAUAUUUGAGGAAGGUGAUUGAUUUGCAUUGGGUUGAACUUUGAGUUCAUGAAAGUUGGAAGAUCUGCUCAACAGGAGUAGGACGAGAGCUCCAUGUUGUGCGCCAUGCAAUGUUCCUGCAAGACAAGAGUUUGCUGCAGUAAGUGAUUCUAAGAGAUAAAUAAAUUGAUAUAAAGUGGUGAGAAAAGAGUGAUUAGGGCAGUGAGGAGGAUAGAACUAUGCUGAAGCAUGACAAUAAGCCCAAAUAUGAACUUGCCUUGCUAGUGUUGCACGCGCCUAAUCCCUCUGGCCAAGAUCUUGUUAGUAUCAUCAGUUGCCGUACUUCCUCUAAGUAGGUAAGGGACCUUUCACCCCACGAGGAAUGACUUGGUCUCUGGUUCUAACUCUUUUCUUUUCUCUUAUUCUCUCUCUCUUCUUUCUCUCUCCUUGAGGGCCUCUUCUUUUACCCUCCACUAAUGCCCAUUAUUUGGUGUACAUUAGGCUAGUGAUUAAGGGAAGGGAAAAAGGUUGCCCUUUUUUUUUUUUUUUUUUUUUUGGUUUUAGGGCCCUUUCCCUCACCCUCCACUAAUUGUCUAUGAUGGGCUAGUGAUUCCGGGAAAAGAAGUAGGCUGUCUUUUUUUUUUUUUUUUUUUUUUUUUCCUAGAGAGAGAAAGGGAGGGAGAAAGAAAUAGAGAAUCGAGAGAGAGAGAGAGGAGAGAGGGUCAAUCCUAUGGAUAUAGAUCUUUACCUUCUCAUGGGUUCAAGCUGGCUGAUGGUACUAAUAAGAUCUUGAGAGAGGUGCUAGGUUGCCGAUUCACAACUAGUUUGGCAGGUCUGAUGUGCUAUAGACCUAUAGUUCAAAAGUGGGCCGAUGCCAACAUAUGCUGAUAGUUCUAUGUCCUCACUACUUGAGCAUGAUAGAUAGUAGAUGUGAUGUGAUUAUGAGGAGAGUAAUGAUUGGAAGUAAUGUACCCGAGUGGAUUACGAUGUGCCUUGUUGUCCGUGUUGUGCUGUAUCUCCAUUGUGGUCUUCAGCGGCCAAUAGUAACCACCCCUGAUCUCCUCCAAGCAAUACGCCACUGUCGUGGAGAGGCCGGUAGUGGAGUGCGGUGUAUGCGUAAAGAGGGUAUGCCGAGUCGCUCAAGUCUAUGAGCACCUCGGGCUUCCAGGGGCAUGUCCUGCCAAAAAGAGAAGACUGUCCUCCGACGCGAUCUGACUCCAUGCGCAGCAAGGGCGUCAGCUGUCUGAUUCCCUUCUCGGAAUUGAUGCGUAAUAGUUGUGAUGCGUCCUCGACAUCGCAUGAUGUCUGCCCAGAUAUUCUUGAGCCUCCAAUGAGGACAAGAGUCUGCACGUAACAUGUCCACUAACACUUUGAAAUCAGAUUCUAAGACAAUGUUAGUAAUAUUUUGCUCCUCACAAAGAAACAAACCAUCCCGUAUUGCCAUAGCCUCUGCCACAGUAUUAGUUUGUAUAUUAUAAAAGUUCGAAAAGGCAAAGAGAAUGCAUCCUGUACUAUCGCGUAAGAUACCGCCUCCUCCAGAUGAUCCUGGGUUGCCUUGAGAUGCUCCGUCGACGUUGAGUUUCCACUGUCCAGCCCUCGGUGGUGUCCAUCUAACAGAUCGGACAGUAGUCCAGGUCUGUGUAGGUAUGAUAUGGAGUCCCCAAAGCCCAAAAGCCUCACAAACAGAACGCGAGCGUUUCGUUUUAUUUGGCACUAAGGAAUGAGUACUCCGAAGCCAUUGUGUUACGUGCCUCAUAAUCUCUGUGGCACGCAUCACUUGGCCUGCAUAUCGAGAUGAGUUACGUCCCUUCCAUAUUUCCCAUAACAUAUAUGCUAUGGAGAUACGGAUGAAAGGACAAACCUUGACACUCGUCGGUGAGUCAAAGACUCUCCUAAAGACCUCUAGUGGUGGUCUCGUAGGUCUGUACGAGAGCAUUGGAAGCCAAUUCGCUAGAAGUUGACGCCAACACUCGACAGCGAUAUCACUAUGGAAAAAUAAAUGUUCCAUACUUUCGUCUGUCGUGAUGGAGCAACAAUGACAUUUCCUUUCCACCUCCUGAUCGGUGACAAUCACUCGAUCGUCGGUGGGUAGUCCUCGGUGCAUGAACUUCCACAGGAAGAACGAAACACGAGGUGUGAUGGCCGGAUGCCAUAUGAGAUUUCCCCAAAAUGUCUUUGGGGAGCGGUUUCUAAAGUGCUCCCAAGAGGAGCUACAAGAGAAACUGCCAUCUAUGGUAAGUGUCCAGAUGGGUUGGUCCUCAGUAAAACUCAUCUCAGUCAUGGUGAUGGCUGGUAACAAGUCCGACGGUAGUCCAUGCCUCUCAAUAAGUAGACGAGUGUCUCCUUGGAGAAGCUGGGCUACCGUCAAGCGAGGCCAAGAAGAUGUGAAAGUGGUAAAACAGGCCAAUGGUGUGUCCUCUAGCCAAGUGUCGUACCAGGCACUGAUCUCGCCUCGCCCCACUCGCCAACGAAUAAGAGGCACCAUCUCCAACCAAUGUCGCUGCCAGUCUGCCCAUCGUUUGACUCCUUUGAUGUCAGCCGGCUGUCGAGCCCACUCACCAUAUUUGGCUGACACAAAAGUACCUAGCACCGAUGGUGUGGUCCUCAUCCUCCAAAUGAGUUUCUUUUGAAGCAUGUUAAGUACAUCUUGAGGGCGCCUAAUACCUAGGCCACCCUCAUCCGUAGGUCGACAUGCUUUCUCCCAAGAAACUCGGCGUUGACGACGAGGUCCCUCAAGUUGUCCAUCCCAAAGGAAGGACGUACAUAUCCGUCUAAUAGUCUGUAAGACGGUGUCUGGUACCUCAUGGACUGCCAAAAGGUGUAAUGGUAUGCUCAUGAGGACAUGGCGUAUCAACUAGAUCCGUCCUCCAAGGGAUAGAAGUUGUAACUUCCAUCCUGCUAGUUUCUUCCUUAACUUGCCCACUAGGGCGUCAAAAUAGUGUAUGCGCCUACGGCCGAGGAAGAUAGGACAUCCUAGAUAGUCAAAAGGUAAGUGUCCACGAGAGAACCCUGUUAGGCCCUGGAUGCGUCGUAUGGUCCCUAUGGGAGUAGAAGGGGCUACUAUGAAGCUACUCUUCGAGGCAUUUACGAGUUGACCUGCAGCUCGCUCAUACCUCGAGAUAAUACUCAUGAGCCCUCUAAUGGAUGUCUCACCUCCAUUGAGGAAGAGUAUCGCAUCAUCAGCAAAGAGGGAGUGUGAGAUGAUCGGGCAGCCCCUCUUCGAGUAGUAUGGUCGGAUAAGUCCUUGAUUGAUCGCUCGGGUGAGGGAUCGACUGAGGACUUCUUCAACUAAGAUGAAGAGGGUGGGUGAUAGUGGAUCGCCCUGUCGUAGACCUCUCGUGGCCGUGAAGAAUGGUGUGGAGCUACCGUUCACUAAUAAAGAGAAAUGAUUCUCCCUAACACAUGCAUCGACUAAGUCAAUGAAGUCGUCGGUGAACCCAAAGCAUCUAAGAACCUUAAUGAGGAAACUCCACUCUAUCCUAUCAAAGGCCUUCUCCAUGUCUAAUUUGAUGAUGAUGUUAGAGCCUCGACAAUCAUGGCCAAGGGACUGUGCUAGUUCAUGUACUAGCAUGAUGUUAUCGUGAAUGUACCGUCCCUUGACAAAUCCGCAUUGUUCUGGAGAUAUAAGUCUAUCAAGGAAACUACUCAAUCUACGUGUAACGAUCUUAGAUACAACUUUAUAACACACGUUACACAAACUGAUAGGUCGAAAGUCUCUAAAUGAGGUUGGGGUAGUCACCUUCGGUAUAAGUGCAAGGAAGGUGGCCUUCCAACUUCGUGUAAAGAGUUUACGACGAAAGAUUUCCUUGAUGGCCUGGAUGAGAUCAGUGCCAACGAUAUCCCAACAUGAAAUGUAAAAAUCAGCUGGGAAACCAUCUGGCCCGGGUGCACGAUGUCUGCUCAUAGAGAAAACUACUUCCUUGAUCUCUUCUCCCGUGGGUAUGGCUGUUAUGAGAGAGUUCUCACGGUGAGUGACCAAUGACGGGAUCGAAGUGAGCAUAUCAUCAGAAAUCUCAAUCGGCUGAGAGGUUAAGAGAGUACGAAAGUACUCAACCCCUGCCUCCUGCAUGCGGGAAAGGUCAUGAUCAUAUGUCUCUAAAAGAGAGGUAUAAUCUGAACGUGAGCGAUGAGCGACCGAGGCAUGAAAGAAACGAGUGUUUCUAUCACCCUCUUGUAACCACUAGAUGCGUGAUUUCUGGAGAUAGAAUAACUCCUGUCGUCGCACAACCUCAUCAAGCUGGUCACUCACUCUACUCCUCCUUUCCCAAGCAGCAUCUGAAUAUCUAGCUUGCAGUAGUCUUUCAACUUCUGCUAACUCUUUUUGCAAUGCAUCAACUUGGGUAUGGACAUUCCCAUAGAUAUGUCGGUUCCACCAUUUAAGGUGGAGUUUGAGAUUCCUUAACCUAUAGCUAAGGUUCUCCAUAGGAGAAUCUGAGAUCUGUCCGUACCAGUGAUUCCGUACGAAACUCUGAAAGUUUUCAUGUUGGAGCCACAUGGUUUGAAAUCUGAAGGGGGGUCUGUGGGUGCUCAUACUCUGUUUAGGGAGUAUGAGGAUCGGGGUGUGAUCUGACCUAUAACGGGGUAAUAUCGUGACUAAUAUGGGAUGCCGCAUCAUGGCAAUGCUGUUGAUGAAACAACGAUCGAUACGCUCAUAAAUCAAAGCGUCCCCUCGAUUGUUGCUCCACGUCCAUGCCUCGCCUGAUGUAGGUGGCUCAAUAAGAGCUAAUCGAAAAAUACAGUCAUUGAACAUCUCCAUGUUACGGGCCCUAGGGAUUCGCCCACCUUGACGUUCACUAGUAUUACGGACACAGUUGAAGUCACCUGCUAGGUACCAAGGAGACUCAACUAGUGUAGGGUAGUCCCUCACGUAUUGAACUAGGUCCGCCCAAAGAGUUUCUCUUUCUUCGGAUCUAUGUGAUGCAUAGAUGACCGAGAAGGUGAACUCUUGGGUGAGAUCUCGAGCCGUCAUAGUGAUAUGCUGGGGUCCCUCGACUAGCAACUCCAUAGAGUAUGGUCUAGUCCAAAAGAUCCAAAUAUGAUUCGUGGGGUUGGAGUGAAAAUGAUCCAUACCUAACCUCCUAAGUAAGGGUUGGAUACGAUCUGAUGAUAUCAUAGGCUCAAUGAGGCCUACUAUACCUAGUCGAUACUGUCUGAUAAGGCUAGCUAUAUAGAAUUGGGUUUCGAGGUUGCCUAUACCUCGACAAUUCCAUAUGAUGCUAGGUAUCAUGAUCUAGUGAGUGGCCCCACGAGUCCUAGAUCUCGUGGAGUAAGGUGAGCGUCUAGUGAGUCGUGUGGUCCUAACCUCCGUCUGAUAUCCCUCCUCUGGGUAGGUAGUCUCAAUGUCAGUCUCAGAGCUACCAUCCUCAUGGGUACUAGUCGUGUGGCCUGUAGUAUCAUGAGCACUAGAUGAGGAGGAUGGGUGUGGUGCUUGACGAUUCGUUAAGCACUGUCCUCUAUCGGGGCUCUCCCUAGAAUCAGCGGGUGGUGGAUCAAGUAUAGGAAACUGAUCUGACGGUUGUAAUAGGGGAGAGGGGGGGAGGGUAUAAGAAUCAGAAUGGGGGGCUAUGUAAGAUGUACUAAUAGGAAGUAUGCUGGGGGUAGACCCUCCUAAUAGAUCAUCAACGGGGAUUUGAGGUGGAUGGAUAGGGCCCAAGCCUAUACCCUCAGAGGAAGGGGUAGACCUCGGUCGGUGGGGACUAAGAGGUGAAGGACUCCUUCUACGUGGGGACGAGUGAAUGGGCGGGGAGGAGCUGGGUGGUGGAGAGACACUAAUGGGUGGAGUGGGGUGGGUGAGUAUGGGGGGUCGGAUAACCCGGGGGGAUCUAGUAUGGGGGGUUGGACUAGGUGAGUCCCUCGUAGUGGAGGAUGCUAGCCCUUUGGAAGGCCUAGUUCCCCUUUGUGCAGGUCCCUCAAAGUCUCUCUCAUCUAAAGCCCCUAAGACCUCGAAGGUGUUUGAGGUUAGGGGUUGCUUUCCCUUGCUCAAAGGGGAAGGUGUAGCCUCUCGUGUUCCUUUCUUCCCCCCUGUGUAGGUGGAAGAAGGGCGUCCAGCUGCCGGCUUUCGCCGUGUAUGCUGUGUCUCAAUCAGUGAGCUAGGCUUCUCUUGUGCCUUCCGAGGUAAGGAAGGUGGAGCCGCCAUAG